AUGAGGUUGUUUUCUUUUCUGUGUUUAUUUCUAAGGAGCAGAGAACUGACACAAAAAUGAUAAAGAUAAGUCCUGAAAUUGAUGAAGCAAUGUUCACAGAAUCAAUUCUGGCUGUUUCGGUUGAUGUGAGCUUUGCUUCCGACCACUUUCCGAAGUACAAAUUAGGACCUGACAAUCAGAUUUUGGAGGAGACAAGAGGGGACAACAAUGGGCCAUCACUGAAGGAGGUUGUUGAAAGGGAAACAACACAAUUAUCUGGGCAGCACAAGCGACUCUCAGUUCGUGACCUUGCUAGUAAAUUUGAUAAGAACCUUGCUGCUGCUGCAAAGUUGGCUGAUGAGGCAAAACUUAGAGAGGUUGCUUCUUUGGAGGGGCAUGUUCUUUUGAAGAAACUUAGAGAUGCCUUAGAAUCUUUGAGAGGCCGUAUGGCUGGGAGAAACAAGGAAGAUGUCGAGCAGGCUAUUUCUAUGGUUGAGGCUUUAGCAGUUAAAUUGACUCAAAAAGAAGGAGAACUGAUUCAAGAGAAGUUUGAAGUGAAAAAACUGGCAAAUUUUCUCAAGCAGGCUUCUGAAGAUGCUAAAAAGUUAGUAAAUCAAGAAAAAUCUUUUGCUUGUGCUGAAAUUGAAAGUGCUAGGGCUGUAGUGCAGCGAUUUGGUGAGGCCCUUGAUGAGCAAGAAAAGAAUCCAGAAAAUUCUCAAAAAACACAGGAGGUUGAGGAGCUAAUAGAGGAAGUUCAAGAGGCUAGAAGAAUUAAAUUGAUGCAUCAGCCAAGCAAGGUGAUGGAUAUGGAGCAUGAACUUCGUGCUCUAAGAACUCAAAUUCGAGAAAAAUCUAUAUUCUCAAUAAAGCUCCAAAAAGAGCUGGCAAUAAACAAGAAGGUUGAGAAGAACAAAUCCCUUGUAUAUGUGUUGCAUGGUUCUGAAACUCUUGGUUCAUGCUUACGACUCCAGCCUUGCUCUGAUAAUGCUCCAUUGCUUUCAAAAUCUUCAAUUCAGUGGUAUCGACUAUCAUCUGACGGAAAUCAAAGGGAAAUAAUUUCAGGUGCCAACAAAACAAUGUAUGCCCCAGACCCCCUUGAUGUUGGUCGAAUUUUGCAGGCUGAAAUUCUCUCAAAUGGCCAAAAAGUCUCUGUGACAACUGCAAGUCCUAUUGAUUCUGCUGCAGGUUUGGGAGGCUAUGUGGAGACACUUUUGCGAAAAUCCAGCAGUGAAUUUAAUGUAGUCAUUUCCCAAAUCAAUGGUCAAGAUCAUCCAUCACGUUCGAUCCAUGCUUUCAGUGUUGGAAAGAUGAGGAUCAAGCUUUGUAGAGGAUGGAUCACUAAGUCCAGAGAAAUAUAUUCCACAACAAUGCUGCUAUGUGGAGUUAGAGGUGAUGCUAAUGCUCCGGCGAAGUCGUUGUUUUGGCAACCAAGGAAAGGACUCUCUUAUGUAUUAACAUUUGAAUCCGAGAGAGAAAGGAACGCAGCUAUUAUGGUUGCUAGAAGCAUGCUCUUGACUUGUAGCGUGAUGCUUGGAGGACCAGAUGAUCAAAUGUAG